UAAGGACACACAUCCAAAACCGCCGUGAGUUCAUCUUGUUCGCUAGCCUCCCCUCCGAAGCAAGAUUCGACUUCAUUUCUGUAAAGAUCAAAAAAACAAACCUUCAAUUACUGCAAAAAUUCUCACAACCCAAUAAAUUGCUGCUUAUGUAGUUUUAGGAAUUUGAAAUGACAAUUGGUGGCAGUUUCCCAAAUCGCCAUCUACUUCGUCUGUUUCCACUAGUCUUCGCCACCAUCAUUACUUCGGUCUAUGGAACGUGUCAGCUUAGUUUUGAACAAGGCAAUAAGCUUUACAAUUACAGCUUAACGAACCCAAUUCGUAAUUUCCCUCAUGGCAUCCUCAGUGAAGAUGGGUUCUACAAGGUGGCUGUUAAUGGGACUGUGCUAUGGUUUCAGCUUUGUGAUGCAAUGAUUUUCAACCAUGAUCCUCCUACCUGUGUUGAGUGUGGGGACUGUGGUGGUAUUUCUCGCUGUGGUAUGGGUUGUAGUGCCCUCGUGGCUAACAUUAUUGGAGGUUAUCCUGUGUGCACUACUCUUGGAUAUUCAUCAAGCACGUCCUUUGAACUCAUUGACAAAACGGAUCCGCUCAAAGGCAUCACAGCUAAACUGUCUAACAGAGGUUCAAAGUCCAACUGUUCACUUGCUGUGUCUGUUGUAUGUGAUACAAAUGGAGUUCAAGGUCCUCAAACACUUGAAUUAGUUGGGACUUGUGAUUACGCUACGAAAAUACAUCACCCCUCCGGCUGUGCAUUGAUUAUAUCCUCUCACGGGAACGGAAUGGGCUGGUUUGGUACCAUGUUGAUACUAAUCCUAUUCUUCUUUGGAGUUUACUUGGUGGGUGGUGCAGUCUAUCGGUACUACUCUUUGGGCAUUCGUGGGAUAGACAUAAUUCCAAACUUGGAGUUUUGGGCGAGCUUGCCACAUACAUUACAGAGUUCAUUUACAUCAUUGGUGCGGAGAUUUAGAGGACCUUCUCAUGGUCACAGGAGCUCAUAUUCUCCUGUCAAUUUUUGAGCAAUAACAAGUUAACUACUCAAAGGAUAUGAUGAAUCAAUUUUUGACAUGGAUCGACAAUUGGCUCUUUCAAGAUGCUUCAAGAAAAUCAGAUCCUCAUGCUCCUCCUCUCCAGUAAGACUAAAACUGGACAUCUUACAACUUGGCUCUUUCUCAUGGACCUCACUUCAAUUGUUUGUAAUUUCCUUGAAUAGGCUGUCAUUUUGUACUAGUUCCUUUUUUUCUUUUCCAGUGUCAUUGAGUUCUAGUUAACAGCAUUCUUUUUAGGCUGUUGGUGCUUCCACCAUGAACAGGAUUUGGAUCUUAACUACAUUGUGCCCACUAGUUGUUUUUUAGACACAAGGGGUUUCAACAUUUUUCGCGAAAUACUAUAGGGCGAAUACGACAAUUCUUGUUUUUA